AUGAAGGUGAACCAUGAUGUUUGGAUCGAGAAUAGCUUGGUAGAACACGAGUUCUUCGUGGCUUGGAUUUCGGUUCAAACAACGAGUAAAAGAUUUCAAUAUGUUGAUGAAAUCAACAACUCGCAUUUGGAGAAUUUCAAGAUCAACCGUGUUCUCCUUCUUAAGCUUCGUACAGACUGCAGUGAGGGUAUUCCUUAUGAUGGAUGGUGCUGGUCAAAAACCGUGAAGAGCUCUGCCAAGGGUAAUGAAAAAGCUAAAGUUCUUCUUCGGCAUCAACCGACAUAUAAGAACUUUGAAGUUUUCUGUGAACCUACGAAAUCUAUCAAUUGUACUGAAUUCGAGCAGAAGCAUGUGCGUAAGCAAGUUGUCACCCACAAGGAAUACAGAUAUGUCCACUAUUUUGCAACGAAUGAUGACGACAUCGAAAUUCCUUCGGAAGGAUCUCUUCAAAAGAAAAGAAUCGAUAAACGCUCGGCUGAACAUUUGAAGAAAAUUGUUCUCCCUUAUCGUAGUAUUACUGAAGCUGCAGCAUUUGCUAAAUCUACUGGAUAUCAUCCUACUAAGAAACAGCUACGAAACUUGGCUCGAAGCUCGAUAACUACACGGGUAGGAAAAGAAGGCCCACGCUGUCACACGUCCCUUGCAAUGGUUAAGCAGAUUGAACAGGUUCACCCCGAUCAGAUCUUCUAUAAACACGAUGGAAACACCCUGACCGAUCUCAACUUUUUCUACAUCUCAGAUGAAGCAUGUUCUAUUUUCAUGUCUGCCUGUCCGGACAAGGAUGAGCACACCGACUGGAUUGCAACUGUCGACAGCCUGAUUGCAGCAGACCCCCUAACCAGAAAAGCUGAAAUCAAGAAGAUUUUGAAAAAAAAUCCUACGGCUCGCGAGUCACACGAGCGUUUUUCAACAGCUCUCCGAACUGCUCUUUUCAAACAUAACAAUCCCCUUCAUCCGAAGCAAAUCCCAUGUGUUUUACUGGACGGUGAAGAAGCGUUGGAAACUUACGGAGAGGCGCUCGAUGCUCCAGUUAUCAGGUGUGAUCUUCACAUUUUGUCACUUCUCAGCUUCGACUACGGAGGAAAAGCUGCUGCUAACUUAGCGAAGCCGUUUUUAUUUGGAAGAAAAGUGCAAGGAGUAUGGAAAACUGGAGUAUUCGGAGUAUUCCAUCUUCAAGAUUUUGAGAAACGACUCGAGAAAGUAAAGGGAAAAAUCCAUCCAAAAAUCUUCGACUGGAUUGUACUGAAUAAAAGAAUGUUGAUGGAUAAUUCGUCGGCUGCCGCCAAACUUAAAGCUGGUCACUUAUUACAAUAUUCGACCAACAACCAAAACGAAACUUUCAACAAACUGGUCAAAGUUAAGCUCACAAAACGAUACCCAACUCCUAAACUAAUUGAUCUUCUUCAAACGUUUUUCGAAGAUAAAAUGAAGGAAUGCCGACUAGCUGCACUGAACUCUUCGGACGAUGUUGUUAUGACUGUGGAUGUCAGAAAAUUCUCCUAUUCUGAAAAAUGGAGUCACUUUUACGACAUCGGAUUGUCGACGCCAAUGAUUUUAGCAUUAGGAGUGCCAGCUUUUUUGGCAAUGCACAUCGAUCAAGAACGGUCAGCCGAAGAAGAAAAACGAGUUGGCUCAUUGGUUCUCGAAUUCCAAGGUACUGAUGUCUACCGUUUGGAGGAUGUCUUAAUUCCGAAAACCAACCGACAAGGUCGAUGGAUUUCCGUAUCUGUUAACGAAGACUCCAUCGAUUGUUGGAGUUGUCAGCACACGCUGCCAUCAUAUGUGUGCUGCCAUGUCUUGACAGUAUAUGCGGAUACGGACACUACCACUGCCAACCAGUCAUCGUCUGCGGGUAACGUGUCUUCUCCUGCAGCUAACCAUUCGUCAUUAGCCGCCACCUCGCCAAUCACUUCGGAAUUGACAUUUUCAUCCGUUUCAUCAUCGGACAUGACAGCACGUCGAUCUUCUCGCAGAAGAAACCCUCGUCGUCUAUACAGCCCGGAUUUGUCAAUCACAUCUCUCAAUUCGACUGUUUAUUAA